GGAUUUGACUCACUAACUGAUUUGAUCCAGAAUGCCAUAACUCUACCGUACUCCCAGAUUAAAGGAUUUCCAAAAUCCAAAAUCAAUGACAACUCAGAAAGCUUGGUUUUCGGCGAAAUUGAUGGAAAGAAUGUAGUUUGUGUUCAAGGGAGAUUCGAUAAAAAUGAGUAUAACAUGGAUUUGGCACUGUGCGCUUUACCGGUGCGUGUUAUGCAGCUACUUGGCGCCAAAAUCAUGAUAGUCUCAAAUGCAGCUGUUGGAAUCAACGGAAAGCUGAAAAGGGGAGACUUGAUGCUAAUUAAGGAUCAAAUUUUUCCGGGUUUAGCUGGAUGGUCUCCACUGAAUGGAUGUGGGGAUAAACGAUAUGGAAGUCCAUUUGUACCAGUUCAUGAUGCAUACAAUAGUGAUUUGAGAAAACUCGCAAUAAAAGUUGGCCGGAAGUGCAAUAUAAAUUUAUCAGAAGGAUUUUUUACAAUGACUGGUGGACCACAACUUGAGACAUCCGCCGAGCUACGACUUCUCCGAAAGUUUGGAGCAGAUGCUGUGGGGACGUCCACGUGUCACGAGGUUACUGUAGCUCGUCACUGUGGGGUCAAGGUUCUUGGGUUUGCUUGGAUUACCAAUGCUGUU